AUGGGGUUACAAGGUGGGAACAAUCCCAGACGUAGAAAUACCCUGCCAUGGGUGAAACUUCCUGAGGAUUUGAAAGAUUCAGAGGUGCUCCUGGUCCAGUUGCGGCUGCUGGAAGCCAUGUUCGGCCCGGAAGGAUCUCAAAUCCCUUACAUCGAGCAGGUGAGCAAGAUCAUGCUCAUGCUGAAGGCUCUGGAGUCUUCAGACCUCACCGAGAUUGUCGUUUACGGCUUCUAUUUGUGCAAGUGCCGGACCAAGUGGAUGCUCCAGUCCGUGACUGAGUGGCAUUACCAGCACCAGGAGCGAGGGAUGCUCAAACUUGCGGAAAGCAUGACUGUGGUUGAACUAGGCCCUUGGGUGAAGUGAGCCAGCUUCCAGCCAAUGCAAAGAAGGCCAAGAUGUAGAGAUCAGGUUGUGGCCAGAGCUGGAAUGGUAACUCCAGCUUGGUUUAA